UUGCAGGAAGGUCUACCAACACUCCCACCUCUUCAUCCCGUCACUCUACCGGAAUUCUUAAGACUCCCGCUAGAUGCUGAUCGGUGUAUUCCGAAGCUCAAGAAGCAGUUCAAGGAAAAUGACACAUAUUUCGAAGACUUCAGAAGACAAGUUGAUCAAAACAAUAUCGCAGCUGCCUAUGAUGUCAUCUAUGCUAAGGCAGGAGAUAUCUGUACCGCUGAACAAGUAAAACGUUUGAAGGCUAUGGAUAAGAAAUAUGAGAAAAUGCAGAAAUCUAUUGAAGAGUUAGCGCCCGAAUACCCUAAAGAAACUAAGGACGAAAUUAUGCAAUGGUUGAGGGAUGACAAUAUGAUCGCACUCUCUGGUUUCGUCACAAGAGAAUCUAUGGCAAAUGUGUUCAAUCCCGCGAAGAACUCGAAGUUGAUGCAGAUAUCUGUACUAUUAGGCGCUAUGCAGUUUGAUCAACUCAUCAAUCCCAUUUAA